AUGCCUCAAAAUACCAUUCUAGCAUCAAAAGAACGAGGGCCGACGCUCAAGAAGCACGCACAGGCGCUGAAACAGCAGUCCCAGGCGUUGUUGAAAGAGGCGUUAAGGCGGAGAGCUGAAACACUUGCAGAUGCUGCUGCUGCCACUCCUGAAAGAAUCCGUGCUUUGAGAAAAGCUGCCACUGCUGCUGUCAGUGUCUCUCUGUUAGCAACCACUGCCGCUGCGGCUGCUGCUGCGGCGGCGGCUGCUGCUGCUCGCGGGGGGUUGGUGGUGAGUUCUGUUGGCGGCAGUGCUGCAUUUGCUCGUCAGAUUGCUAGGAGAAGGUACGCUGGUGGUGGUGGUGGUGCUGCUACUGUGGUGGUGGUGGGAGGUGAAGGAUAUGCCACUGCAGAAGUGGCUGCCAGUGGUGAUGUGCCUGUGUGUGGUGAUGAUUGUAUAGCAAGUGGUGCCAGUGGUUGUAAUGGGGUGAAGAGCGGUGCUGCUAGGGUGAGGGAUGGGGAUUAUAACGAUGGGAGGCGUGCUGCCAAGGCUGGUGGUGUGACUGAAGGCAGAGGUGCUAUAAUGGAGGACCCACCAGAUCCUACUGGACACUCCCAAGAGGCAAAGAGACUAAGGAUGGAAGAGGAGGAGGAGAGGGAAAACAGAAAACUGCAAGGGGUGGAGGAGGAGGGGGGAGAGAAGAAACAAUCGGGGUUGCAGCAGCUGCAGCAGUGGUGGGCGUCGAUACUAGCAGCAUGCGCCACUGCUCUCAAGGAAACGGUAGGGAAGCAGCUAGCAGGAGGGGUGAUGACCCAUGCUGCCCGCUGUGACUGUGCGGUGGUUGGUGGUGGUGCAGUGAAGCAUGUGCAGCUGGUUGCUUGGAGGCAGGGGAUGACCGGAGAGCAGCAGGAGCAUGCUGAGCAGCGGUGGUGGAGGGAGAAGAGUGGGAAGAGAAGGAGAAGAGGAGGGGCGAGUUGGAUGAUCAUGGCACGGGGCAUAUCGGAGGGGACGGUGAGGGAGGCAUUGGAGGGGUUGCAGCCUCUGCCUGCUGUGGUGUCUAAAGUGACUGGUGCAGCUGAAGUGGUGCUCACUGCCCGGCAGUAUGUGGACAGGAUGGUGAGUGAAGCUCGGGUGCUGGAAGGCAGGCAGGUGAUGGAAGCUCACAGGAAGCUUCUUGCGGAGAUCGAGGAGAUCUAUGGUGUGCCGGCCAAUGUGAUGACGGCGCUGUGGGGCAUAGAGAGCAGCUAUGGGAAGAACAUGGGCAAGUGGGACGCCAUUCAAGCUCUGCUCACCCUUGCAUAUCGUACGAAGCAGCCUCGCCGCGCUGCAUUCUUCCGAGAAGAGCUCAUGGAAGCCCUUUCGAUUCUUGAGAACAACCAAGGGCCCUCCGUAGCAACCAAGGGGCUUCCUUCUGUUCCUGCUGUUCCUGCUGUUCCUGUUCCUGCUGCUGCUGAUACCUCUGCAAGCGCAGUGGGAGAGAGGAGGGUGCGGCUGCUAGGGUCGUAUGCAGGGGCCAUGGGGCAGUGCCAGUUCAUGCCUUCGUCUUUCAAAGCCUAUGCGGUGGAUUACGAUGGAGAUGGGCGAAGAGACAUCUGGACUUCUGUUCCCGACGUGCUAGCAUCAAUGGCGAACUACCUCAAAUGCAACCAAUGGAGACGAGGGGAACCUGUGGGGGUUGAGGUGGUCCUCCCUCCUGAAUUCCCGCCCUCCCUCCUAAAUCCCAGUGUGAAACUCACCGUGGCGGAGUGGCAGCAGAAGCACAGAGUCAGAAUCGCUGAUGGAGGUGGUGGUGUUAGCAAUGGAAGUGGGGAGAGUGAUGGGAAAGAUGGGAGCGACACCGCAUCUCUCCUGCCCGACAUGAUCGCCACUCUUGUACGCCUCCUGCUCUCCCUUUUAAUUUCCAGCGUCGCAAUUUUCAGCUGA